AUGAGAAGUUCAAGCUCAUCAGGUGGAGUCCAAGGCUGUCAGUGCUCUGAUCUCUUUCUCUUGACCACUAGCAUCAGUUACAACUUGCUUGCCAAAUGGAAUUGCAAACAUGGCAUGGAGAUUCAGAUCUUCAAGACUUUGCUAAUGGGAUUCCCAGAUGGCUCAGUGGUAAAGAAUCUGCCUGCCAAUGCAGGAGACACAGGAGACGCAAGUUUGGUCACUGGGUCAGGAAGAUGCCUGGAGGAGGAAAUGGCAGCCCACUCCAGUAUUCUUGCUGGGAAGAUCCCAUGGACAGAGGAGCCUGGUGGGCUACAGCCCAUGAGGUCACAAAAGUGUCAGACAAGACUGAGUGAUUGA